UAAAGCAAAGAUAUGUGUUUUUUAUUUUACCAGUAUGGCUAGUGCAUUAUCAGAAGUCGACGGACGAGUAUGCCCGUAAGUAAAGCAGUGGAAGCAGCCUUUAAGGCUAUCAAGAAUGACAACCCAGAUAUUGUAAUAGAAAUUACAAAAGCCAAUGAAAAUAUAUUAUGGAGCAGUACAGAUCCUGAAGAAUCAACAAGCUUGUUUGCGUGUGCUGUAACAAAUCGUCAAGAGAAAGUGGCACAAUUUCUUCGUGAACUUGGUGCAAGCACGGGUAGAAAUAUAGUUAAUUUCAUCGAUGAAGAUGGAAACAAUAUGUUACAUGUAGCGGCGAAGUUAGCUCCUCAUUCUAAGUCAAGCCACAUUUCUGGUCCAGCAUUGCAGUUGCAAAGUGAAUUGCGUUGGUUUGAGUCAGUGAGAGCCAUUGUUCCAUGGCCGUACAAAGAACAAAAAAAUAACGCCGGAGAAACUCCAUUCCAAGUGUUCGCUAGAGAACACAAGGAUUUAUUAAAGGAAGCUGAAGAGUGGAUGAAGAAAACGGCAGAAUCUUCUACAGUCGUAGGUGCACUCAUCAUAACUAUUAUGUUCGCCGCGGCUUUUACUGUUCCUGGUGUGUUAAUGUUUUUGGGGAUCCUGACUCCACGUUAUGGUUAUCAAGAUUUUCUAAUAUCCUUACCCCUUAAGUGGAUGAUUGGUGCGUGUUCACUCUUCAUCUCCAUUGCAACAAUGGCGGUGGCAUUUUGUGCUUCUCUUUUUAUUAUGUUAAAAGGUCGAUUGGUGGUCUUCAUUCCAAUAACUUUGCUUGCUGUCAUUCCUGUCAUUCUCUUUAUGUUGGUGCAGUCUAAACUUGUUCUUGAGAUUUAUUCUUCGACCUGUAGAUCACACAUCUUCGGUCCGUCCUUUGCAACCACACUAGGAAAAUAUGUCAGAUCGCGGUUAUUUAUAAGUAGAAUGUUCAUAAGAAGGCCGAUAGAUGAUUAGUUAAGGUUAUUUAUAUAUAUGUUUUUUAUUUUGCCAUAACUCAAGUGGUGUGAAGGAUUGUAAUAUUCUAUACAUGUUGUAGUUACAAUGAAUAUCUGGUGGAUGCACAUUGUUUCCGUAUUUUAUAAUUCUGUGUCAAAUUCUUCUUUGCUAAUGUUGUGUUUUCAUUGCUGAUUCAUUCUUCCACACCAAGCUACAAAUUUAUUAAAUUUUUGUAUAUUUA